UAGAAGUACAUCGGAUUUCUGAUGCAUUCAGGUUGACAAUGUUACUUUUUGUUUUCGUUGUCUUCGCAAAUCUCGCUGUCAUCAGUUUUGCAGGAAGUCAAUUUUUGGUAUACCCGAGAAUUCUGAACGAGCGGACAACAGCUUCGCACCUCGUUCUACAGCUGAAUCAGGAUAUUACUCUCAACCUAAAAAGAAGUUCAGUGUUGGCGGACGAAUUACUGGUGGCCACGAGCACUCUUGAAGGAAAUCAACUGGAGUUGGUCAAUACGUCUGACAUUCAAGCUAGUUUGUACCAUGAUCUACACCAUCAAUCUUCUGUAAUCGUACGAGCAAGAGAUGGUGCAGCCGAAGUAGAAGGUAUCAUAAAUCACAAUCUAAGGAUAAAACCGGUUUCAGCAAGCAAACGUUCUCAGAGAGGUGAAAUACCUCAUCGGAUAUACGAGGUUGAAGAACCGAAGAACAUUCCCAUCACAAUGAGUAAUGGCAAUACUUGGCGAAAGAUUACAAAAAGAGCAUUAGACUUUGACCGGUUUGCUGUGGAGGUCCACGUGGUAUCAGACAGCGUGCACCAACAAAAUUUCGCAAAAACUCAGGAAUUAAUUGCGUACUUUGCAGUCCUGCUAAAUGGAGUCAAUUUAAGGUAUCUGGACAUGAGAGAGCCAAGAAUAAAGUUCAUGUUGGUCGGAAUAACCAGGAGCUUAAACGACGCUUAUGCCAAACAUCUUAAGCCCGGUAUUCUUGACAUGGAUAAAUCAUUGGAUGGCUUGUAUGACUAUUACGUAAAAGGCAAUAUACCUGGGAAACCUGACGUAGUGCACCUCGUUACAGGCCAAGACAUGGCCCGCUUUGAAAAUGGUGCCCUGGAUAGAGAUUAUACCGGACUUGCCUUUGGAGGCCCUCCCUGUACGAAGAGGGCCGUUUCCUUAAGCGAAGAUAUUGCCUCGUCAUACAAAGGCGUUUUUAUAAUGGCUCACGAACUGGGGCAUGUAAUGGGAUCACCUCACGAUGAAACCGAACAAUGUCCCUGGUCCGAAGGAUAUCUUAUGAGCUAUGUAGACGGAGGUGAAAAAUAUCAGCUUUCUCGGUGCAGUGAAAGAAGGAUUCGAGACAACCUAAAAUUCAUGCCUCGCAGAUGCGUGGGAAUAGUGUCGCAAUCAACCUACAUGUAC